AAAUCGCAAGCAGCUGUCAAAAAUUGAGUUCAUCUUCUGCUGCACCUCCCAUGUCGAGCCAAAAAAACAAUUAUUAUUUUUGACGUAUUUAGUAGUAAUUAUUUAGAAAACACACUCGUAAAAAUGAUUUUACUAGAAAUAAAUAAUAGGGUGGUAGAAGAUACCCUCACGUUGAAAAUAAAAAAUGCACAAGCUGGGUUGAAAAAUGAGAGUAUCGACGUGAAAGUUGCCGAUUUUGAUGGUGUGUUGUAUCAUAUUUCUAAUCUUAAUGGCGAUAAAUCUAAGAUAAGAGUAAGUAUAGCACUAAAAUUCUACAAACAAUUACAAGUGUAUGGGGCAGAUGAGCUGCUUAAAAGAGAAUAUGGUGCAUACCUAAUGGACCCUCCGGAAAACGGUUACAAUGUUACAUGCUUAAUAAACUUAGAAGAUAUACCAUCAGACUGGCCUGAUCUGGUGAAAAAAAUCGGAUUGUUAAAGAGAAAUUGUUUCGCCUCAGUUUUCGAGAAGUACUUUGACUUUCAAGAAGCUGGAGAUGAAGGCCAGAAUAGGGCCGUAAUUCAUUACAGAGACGAUGAAACUUUAUAUGUAGAAGCUAAGUCUGACAGAGUGACUGUAGUGUUUUCGACAAGAUUUAGAGAUGAAGAUGAUGUAAUUAUAGGUAAAGUGUUCAUGCAAGAGCUUAAAGAAGGCCUAAGAGCUUCCCAUACUGCUCCUCCAGUGCUUUUCAGUCAUAGGGAGCCACCAAUGGAGUUACAAGAUACUGACGCCAAGGUUGAUAAUAAUGUUGGUUAUGUGACGUUCGUUCUAUUCCCGAGACACACGGCGAAAAGCACCAGGGACAACACCAUUAAUCUGAUCCACAUGUUCCGACACUAUUUGCAUUAUCACAUCAAGUGUUCGAAGGCGUACAUCCACAGUAGGAUGCGCGCCAAGAGUUCCGAGUUCCUUAAAGUACUGAAUAGGGCGCGGCCCGAGAAUAAGUCCACCGACAAGAAGACCAUCACGGGCAGAACAUUUAAGAGAAGAGACUAAAGUUUAAUAGAAAAUACUGAAUUAAAUGAGGGAAUUAAUUGAAUAUGAAUUGAUGAUGAAAUAUUUUCAAAGAAACUGCCCUGUAACUUGUCUAAUCGGUUAUUUAAGUUGCAAUUUUUCCAGUUUCCCUUGAGUCAGCUUUUUUUUUUUUAAUUAGGUUCGACUAUUUAUUUUUUGUUUAGUACAUGGUGAGUCAAAGGAGAAUAAUUUAUUACCUUACGACAUUUUAAAAGUUGUUUCCAAUAUACAGGGUGCUUUCAAAAAGCUUGUACAGGUUUGUAUUUUGGACACCCUCUACAUCAAAGUCUGGCUAAAGGUCCUAGAAUAUUACUACAAUAAUUGAUUCGCCAUGUACAUGUUAAAUAAUGCAGGUUUUGUUGUAUGUAGAAAAUCCGGGAAUAAAGUGGUUAUUCUCUUGGAGAGAAUUUUGGGUCAUGUAAUUUUUUGCCCUUGGAAAUGACCCUUGAAGCCCCAGUUUAACAACAAUUAAUAAACCUGUGUAAACUAACGUUUAGCCAUAAAAACUCCCCUUAAAAAAAAUGAACAAUUUGUGGUGUGUCUUAUUUGUACAUUUAUCCAACAUGCAGAAGUGGCAGUGAGCUUCCUAACUAACGUUUCUAGCACCGUUUUCGUUUUUUUUUUGUAAAUGUACAUUUUAAUUGUUUAUAGAUUAUUUUUAAAUUAGUUUGAGGAGGUUUCUGUACUUUAGUUCCUCCGCUGUUGUACAUUUUCAUGCUUUAAUCAAACCUUUUUUUUUUUGUAAAUUUGUACGCUUUUUCUACUAUAUUAAUUAAUUAACCUUGUUAUUGAGGUGGUUAUUUUUUAGUAUUAAAUAAUAUUGUCAAUUUUUUUAUAUGGUUUUUUUCCAGUACAGGAGACGAGGUACCUUAGUAUAUUUUAGGUUAGGAAUAAUUGUCUUAAUUUCUUUCCAAGGAUUUUAUUAAAAAUGUAUUCCGAAAAUCAAUUUCUCAUAGAUUAGACUAAAAAAUUAUGAAUAUUCCUAUUAUCGGACAAUUAUUCCUAAUUUAUUUUCUGUGAAGUUAAUAAUAAUAUAGACAGUAAACGUUGUUCUUGGAUCAUAGAAAAUAAAUUGUUAUUUUUA